AUGGCCAACUACAAGACCCACCUCACUGUCCUUUCGGAGGCUGCGGCGAAGCACCCAACACUGCCAGCCUUUCAGUGCCCAUCCUCAACCAGGAGACCGGUAGCUCACUAUCGCGAGUUCCACGCCGAUGUGGAGCACUUCGCAACCUACUGGAACGGCGUUCUCUCAAGAGAUGGUGUAGCGCCGCGAUCAGUCGUUGGACUAUGGCUCGGAGGGCUUACAUACUCGACAUUGUCACGUUACAUCCCUCAACUCUGCUCCCUCCGACUUCCAAACCCGGACAUCAUCUACGAGCUUCUUCGGAAAGCUAACGCGAAAGCGCUCAUCUUCGAACCCACCUACACUCCCGAUCUGUCCACUUGCCACGUACCCACACAUGCGGCGGUGGAUGCUCGCCAUCACGAUGUUUCGAAUCUAACGAUCCCGCCGAUGAUCGAUCUCACGGCGGUCAAGGGCACGGAUACCGUUGUGAUAUUUCACACCUCGGGGUCGACCUCGGGCUCCCCCAAGCUCAUCCCAUGCAACUAUGUAUGGCUCACAACCAUCAUCAAUAAAGCGAAACACUUCUCGCGGCCGCUCCGACGUGAUGGUCAAGAUGUUACGGACUUUAUAGGGAGUGUAUGCCACAUCGGUCAGACGUUCAUGCUUCUAGGCGCGCUCCAAAACGGCGCCUGCACCGUACAGCCUACGAGAGUCGACUUCAGCUCUGAGGAGCUCCUGGACAUGAUCGUCCGCUGCCACCUGAACCGGCUGCAGCAGUUCCCCGCCUUCCUCAGCAUCCACAUGCGCAACUCCCGCCAGAACCCCAAGCUUCUCGCCCAGCUCCGCGCCCUCGACGAGAUCUUCUACUCCGGCCAGGCCAUGCCGCAGGAGGACGAAGAGUGGGUGUACCAAAACGGGAUGAACGUCAUCAACGUGUUCGCGAACACCGAGUGCGGCAUCAUGCUCACGUCCGUCCGCGGCGGGGGGCGCCCGUGCCCGUCGCUGCGCCCCAUCGCCGGCUCGCACUACGGGUUCUUCCCGGUCUCCGGCACGAACGCGCAGUCGCAGUCCGCGUACGAGAACCUGAACAGCCAGCUCGUCGAGCUCGUCAUCCUCGCCGAGUCCCCCGACUGCCCCGACCCCUCGCUCCGCGCCGCCGACGGGCACUACCACACCGGCGACCUCUUCCUCGAGGUCGAGCCCGGCGCGUACGUCUCGCGCGGGCGCAACGACGACUGGAUCAAGAGCUCGAACGCGCUGCGCUGCGAUACCAAGGCCAUCGAGGACAACGUCCGCGCGACGUGCGAGGAGCUCAUAUCCCAGUGCAUCGUCGUGGGGAACGCCCGGCCGUCGCCCGUGCUCUUCAUCGAGGCGAGCCCGGCUCUGAAGAUGGACGGCGAGCGGCUGAAGAAGGAGAUCAUCCGCAGGACGCGCCACUUCCACUCGAGGAGAUAUCUUCACGAGCGGAUCACUUCCGCGAAGAUGGUCGUGGUCGUCCCUACAGGUACAUUGCCCCGGACAGUGACGAAGGGGAACGUCCGGCGACGGGCCGUUGAAGAUAUGUUCAAGUCUGAACUGGAUGCGAUAUUCAGCGCGUAA